GGGCGGGCUGUGUGUUGUCUGACGAAUAAAAGCUGUAGCCUAUAGAUCGGCGCAAGGCUUUUUAACCGGGUAUAACCAGCCAGGCUUAAAGGAAACAUUUCGUCUUAAAUUUAGAGCAGAGGUUAUAGCCGACACAUAGAGGUCUGUAAAAAAAGCUAAGCAAACAUGAGCGACAAGGGGACAGUCUCACCGAAGGAGAAGGAGGCUACAGAGAAGAGGGGGCGUGGGAGACCCCGUAAGCAGCCGCAGGUAGAAACUGACGAGCCAAGUGGGUCCCCGACUCCAAAGAGGCCCAGAGGACGGCCGAAGGGCAGCAAAAAUAAGACUAGUGGCAAGGGCAAAAAGGCAGCAGCCCCGUCUGAAGGGGCAAAACGCAGGGGAAGACCUAAGAAGGAGGAGAAGGAAGAAAAGGCGUCCCAGGAAUCAUCUGAGGAAGAGGAAGAAGAGGACCAGUAAUUUCACAACGCAUGCUACCUCACUCAACAUACUGACUUACUGUUAACCAGAACUGGGCUGUAUCUCCAACACCAGUGCCACCACAUGACCACUGUUCACGACAAAGCCCUCUUUGCCAAAAGGAGGGUUUAAACACAGUACAAAUAAUCAUGCAACAGCACUGGAUAGAACGAUGGACCUUGCUCAAGCAUAGAUCUAAGAAUUUACAAGAAAGGUAACAGCCCUUUUCUCUACAUGUCAUGGUAUCACAAGUCUUUUAUACUGGACAAAAGGUGUGCUCAAAGGAGCCUGGACGUUUCCAUUUUUCCCCCCCUAAAGAUGGUUUGUAGGACAUUUUCUCUGCUUAAUGUUACUUAUUUGUUGUACCCGCAUCUGAGAUGGUAGGGCAUAUAGAUUCCUCUCCAUGUUUUGUACUGGACAAAGGUGAAUUUUACCUAUACUUGCUGUUUUUUUGGUUUUUUUUUCUUUUGUGUGUUUGUGUGAAGUGGUUAACCUAUCCUUUGCAUCGUAUUUUAGAUGGAGUUGAGCUUCAGAGUUUAGGAUGAGAAUAGAUGACUGAUGGUAGAAGUGUUUUCCAUUUCUAACCUGCUUAACUGAUUUCGCCCCCACCCCCUCCACCUCCUACCCCCUUUCUAACCAGUAGAGCAGAAACACCUUCACCACCUUCACUCCCUCCCACCUCCUGUAGUGCAGUUUAGACUUACUUCUCAAAACUUCCUUCUCGGUCCUCGGCGUGUAGAGGGGGAGAUGUAAAGUGUAUCGUUAGUAAUCAGAGUAGUCUGAUCAGACUUACUGUUUUGUUCCUUCGGGUUACAUACCAUUUAAAAACAUGAGUGUGCUGCUUUUCAUGAUAUAAUAAAACUCGAUUCUUUUUUUUUUUUUUUUUUUUUUUUGGUAUAUAAUGUGUGUUUUUAAGGAUAGGGUUGGCAGAAUUCUAGGCUGAGAGCAUCAGUGUCGUUUCUUCAGGGAGCUUUUACAAAUGCUGUUACAUUGGCGUCUUUGUCUUCUCAUGGUCCUCAGUUUCCAAGCGCUCACUCAAUCACUCGCAAAAGGCAAAUCGCAAAUUGGUCAAACAAGGAGUUUGAUUGUAACAGAGGAUAGUUGGUGGCACUACUAUCCAACAGGGCUGCGCGUUUUCUUCAUUCCAUCUAGCUCUCACUGCUUCACCUAGCUUGGUCCUUCCGUCAUCACUUAGUGCAGUAAUAUACUUUUUCUUAGUCUUUUUUUUUUUUUUUUUUUUUUUUUUUUUGGACGAUGUGUGUUGUAUGCCGUCUGCUACAGGUUAAAAAAAAAAAAAAAAAAAAGUAAAUAAAAAGGUGUUUGUGUAUUUCUAAGUGUCAGGGAACCCGCGGUCACAGUCCACUUAACUGGGUUUUUCCACACACCUAAGCUGCUACAACCUCAGUUACGAAACCCGGAAAACUGCAAACAGGCGAUACAAGGCCUGGUAUUUCAUACCUCACUCAACAGCUUACUUUACCAUUUAUUUGCAUUUAACUGGUUUUCUGUUGUUUUUAAAAAUGUAACCUCUGGCAUGAGUUGGAAAGAUGUCGUUUAUUACAAAGUUUGUGUAUUUUUUUUUUUUUUUUUUUUAAUUUUUUUUUUUUUUAACCUGACUGUAAUGAGGUAUCUAAGAUUUUCAAGUUUGUGAUUGUGUGUGCAUACGCAGCACGUCUUGGCUCAUUCAUAACCGGAGCUUGCAGACAGGUUGUAAUUAAAUGUGUGAAGCAAGUCAGGGAGACCUGUCAGCUUGACAACUGUGUUCGCUGACUGUGGUAGAUUAGCAGGUGUGUUUUUAUCCGUUUAAUAAAAAAACAAAAAAAAACUUCUGGUGCACUGAAAUAUUGGUUCUGAUUUUCAUGGACAAAUGUUUGUGUGUUUGUGAUAGACUGGGCGCUCUUUCCACUUAACUGUUCUGUUGGCUGUCGUGUGUGUUUGGCACUACCGCACACAGCCACCCUCACCAUAUUCAUACAACAACUCAUUUCAUGUCUUUUUUUUUUUUUUCUUUU